UGUCACCUCUCUACUUCCAAGUAUACUUCAACAGCCAGCGAGGACUCUCACUUACUGUAGCUUACGGAAUGGAAAGAGGAAAACCGUGAAAGCUGUCGUCAAGAGGUUUCUCCGGCUGCACAACGGCCUUUGGGUUAGGAGAAAGGCUGGUUAUAAGAAGAAACUGUGGAAGAAGUCAGCUGCCCAGAGGAAGCGUUUGAGAGAGCUGGUGUUGUGCACUAGAACGCAAUGUAAACUCCUUGAUAAAAUGACCACUUCUUUCUGGAAAAGAAGAAAUUGGUAUGUUGAUGAUCCCUAUCAGAAGUAUCAUGAUCGCACAAAUCUUCGUGUGUAGAAAUCUU